GGUUGGCAAUUCUGGCUCGUCUGUUUCUACAUGGCCUACUAUCCGAAUGCUAUCCGUAUUCCGCAGGGGUUUUCGCAAUCACCGCGCGGAAUCGCGCGUAAAAACUCGCGAGUUACGUUCGCGAUCGAUUAGGCUCGGCAACGCGGCUAAUGAACCUGGAUGCAAGGCGCUACAAUCGGCAGCAGUCCAUGGCGGCAUCUUGUAAUCAUGAUCGCGUAAUUAUAAUACCGAGGCAUAAAUCGUAAAAAAUCAGUGCGAUUGUCUUCGAAGAGGAUCGAUCGAGCGGCGAGUGUCUCCCAUGUGAAAAAUAUCACGGCAUCAUUGACGAGGCUAUCAUCGCGUGCGAGUGAACGCGACAUCGAGAAAUGAUCGACGAAAGACGCAGGAAACCCAACAUACUCGCCCGACCUGAGAACUCGCGUGCGAGCAAAAUCCGUGCACCACAAGCGCGAAUGUUCGCGCGUGCAUACCUUCUGUCAGUCGGAGUGAUUGAGACAUCUGAAUUUUUGCAGAUAUUCGCGGUUAAUUACUCUUCUCUCUUCUCUCGCGAUUGAUGCAACGAAGUUUUAAUUUGAUGGUUUGUCGAUAAUCCGUUCUAAAUAAUCCCGACUGGAUUUCAGCAUUAGAAUUUUAUAAUCAUGGAAUCCAAUGUUGCUUCUUUUGUGAAUUUAUUGUUAUAAACUGCGCUAAUCGAUCUCUUGAUCAAGAUGUUUAAUAUGUAUGUGGAAAAGUUUUAUUAAAUAUUUUUCCCAUGAAGAAACUAUAAUGAUCACGUGAUUGUUACAAUUCUCUAUCGCAGUGUAUUGUGAACCGGUAGUUGAAAAUUGUUCUGUAGAAAAGUUUGUUUAUUUAAAUGCGCGAAAGGAUUUAAGAUUUAUUAACUCCGAAAACGUCUGCGCGUUACAAAACAGAAGCGGUAGUAAUACCAACACAAGAAGUAUAUAUAUAUUACAGACAUUCCGCCAAGAAGAUUUGCCAUUUUAAAUUAAAGUACAAUUAAGUACACGUUUUCUAUCAUGGACGAUGAUAUGGACGAUAAAGACGACACGAAGCGAAAAUCGCGUAAUCUCAGCGAAAAGAAACGCAGAGAUCAAUUUAACAUGCUCGUGAACGAGCUCGGCAGCAUGAUUAGUGCCAAUACACGAAAAAUGGACAAGUCUACAGUGCUGAAAUCAACAAUUUUAUUUCUAAAAAAUCACAAUGAGAUAGCAGUUAGAUCGAGAGUUCAUGAGAUCCAAGAAAAUUGGAAACCCUCUUUUCUCUCCAACGAGGAAUUCACUCACCUUAUAUUGGAGGCAUUGGACGGAUUUAUAAUAGUUUUCUCCUCAAAUGGACGUAUUUAUUAUGUCUCCGAAAGUGUCACGUCUCUGCUUGGAUAUCUUCCGAACGAAUUAGAGAACACGACUAUUUAUAAUAUAACAUAUCAAGAAGACCAGCCACACUUGUAUAAUGUCUUGUUGAAUCCUGGCAGCACGCGUGAUAAACGCACUGUGAAAAAAGAAAACCAAAUAUCUUUCACGUGUCACAUAAAAAGGGGCGGACUCAAUUUUCGAGAAGAUUCUGUCUACGAACUUGUACAAUUUAUUGGAUAUUUCCGAUCCGCUACGGAUAACGAUGUCGACAAUCUAUUGCCAAGUCAAAAAUUUAGUAACACCAAUGCAUCAGAUAACAAAUUAGUAUUCGUGGGUACAGGACGUCUUCAGACUCCACAACUUAUCCGCGAAUUAUCCGUGACAGACAACACGAAGUCAGAAUUCACAUCUCGCCAUAGUCUGGAAUGGAAAUUUCUCUUUUUAGAUCACAGAGCGCCACCCAUCAUUGGAUACUUGCCUUUUGAAGUUUUAGGAACUUCUGGUUACGAUUAUUAUCACGUGGAUGAUUUAGACAAUGUCGUUACAUGCCAUGAAUCAUUGAUGCAGAAAGGCGAGGGAACAUCUUGCUAUUAUAGAUUCCUUACGAAAGGUCAGCAAUGGAUUUGGUUGCAGACCAGAUUUUACAUCACGUACAAUCAAUGGAACUCGAAACCUGAAUUUAUCGUGUGCACGCAUUACGUGGUCAGUUAUGUCGACGUAAUGAAGGAAUUGCGCGCGGAAUCGGGGGGUUAUGAUAAAACGGAAAAUCAAGAUGUUUUAAUACCCGUAAAACAAGUGACAACAUCUUGUCAAACACCGUUGACGCAAUGGUCAAACAAAUCAUCGAAGACGUUAAAGUCGAUGACAAUCGCUUCCAAUCUUCAACAUUGCGGUGAUUCCAAUACAUCUUCGAUAUCCGUCUCAUUACGAAGUUCCCCAUAUUCACAAAUAACGCAUGGAUCACACUCGAACGCGGCUUCUGCAAGCAGUUCUGUAGUGUCAAAGCCAAUUACGUCGAUGGACAGCAGGCAACAACAAACGCAACAGCAGCCGCAGCAGCAGCAGCAGCAAUCGCAACAUCAACUGGAUGUCAAUCAGCCAUGUAUUAAUUUCAUGGAUCCCACGCAAUAUGCAACUGUUAAUCUGCAAUCAGUAGUCACAGCGGGAUUUGCAACGCCUGCUGCCCCUAUUCUUUCCACCGUGCCCACGUACGAGAUGUUACAACAGCAAGGCAUAGUGAUGUCUCCUGCACAGAAUCAAAUACAAGACGAAUUACAAAGAAAGCACGAAGAACUACAACAAUUGAUCGUUCAUCAACAGGAGGAGCUAAGAAGAGUUUCAGAACAAUUAUUUAUAGCUCGAUAUGGGAUUCUUACACCAUUAUUAAAUGCGAGUAUAUCAUACAAUCCAUCGAAUCCGUGCCAACAAACGAAUCGAUGCAACACCAACAAUACUAACGUACAAUUGCCCGCUUCCAGUAGUGUACAAGGCGUUAAUGUACUUCCUAUACCGAUCACCGUGCCAGUGCCUAUAGUGCCUACGGAAUUAUUUUCUCAUUCCUUGCAAGUGAGUCCAUCGCCGAACUCGACGCAUGGCAAUGUAGGUGCUAUAAUUCAAACCCAACAGCAGCAGCAGCAGCAGCAACAACAGCAACCGGUACCACCACAACAGGAAGGUAAUUCCGAUCUCGUAUCUUUUCAAAUCUGCCCACAACAAGACGAAAUCAUCUAUGCUAACAUAGAUGCGUCCGCAAAUCAACAAUAAAGAUCAUCGUAAAAUUGACGACUUUCUGCGACUCUAAUUGUAUCCAUUGUAAUAGGCAAGAAAUUGAUAAUUAUUUAAAAAAUUUUUUAAAUUCUGUUGCACUUACCUGUCGCAGUGGAGGAAUUGCCAAAUAAUAUCUAUUGCCAUAGUUGCGAUCAUUUUUCUAUUUACAGGAACAACGCAUUUAGGAAAACGUGUGUUUGUGUGUAUGUCUCUCUUCACGAAUGUACAAAAAAAUUUUUUAAAAUUAUUAUGGUAACUGUGUUUAUGAUAUAUCGCAUGCACAGAUAUUACAGAAACUAUAAUAUAAAUAUACUGUAUAACUUUGACGUUUUAGCGCAAUAAUGUGCAAUUUUUAAUAUAUCGACGUAUUUAUGUUUAACUCGACAUAUAAAACUGUGCAUCGUGUGUGAAUUAAUGGAACACGAGACUAUUUACCAUUCUAUAAUUGUUGUACUUUUGUUUUAUAUAAUUGUACCUAUAGAUUUUUCUCAACCAGUGGAAUUUUAGUCAUAAAGACUUAUAUUUAUGAAAAGGACUAAUCGACAUCUUUUAAAACUACAACACGAUGUUUAUAUAAAGAAACGCUGUAUGUGCCACUCUAUAUGUGUAUAAAAUCAGAAUUUAUGAAAAUUUAAACACUGCAAUGUAAUCUACGAUGAGCGAGAUAAAAGAUAAUAAUUUUUAUUAAUUGUGUAUUUCAACCAAUUAUAAUUCUGGUAUUUUUCAAGCUUAUAAUCGUACCGAUUCUCUUCGUAUAGUAUAAGUGAUGAUCUUCAAUUCUUGUUUAUAGGCCGCAAAGAGAAUAUUAUUUAUAUCUAUGUAAUGUGAAGAGAGGGAUAUUCUAUAAACAAAAUAUUACUGUAGGAGAAAGCGCGCGAUGACAAAACAUUUAGAAGUUACUGCGCUUCUGUAUAUGUAUAUUGUAUAAAAUUAAUUUUGAUAAAAUUCUCGAGAAUGGUUUAGUUAUUUCGAUAAAGCGUAAAGAGAGUUUAUCGUGACAAAUCAAAAAGCUCUGAUCAAAAAUGGACACAUCACAUAUGUGCAUAUUUAUUGAAUUGAUUUAGCCAACAAACAUGACAUCGGAAAAGGGACCAAACUCCACAUUUUCCGGAACAGGGUAUAUUUACAGAUUUUUUGUACAUGUAUAUAUGAUAGUAAAAAAAAUAAUAUAUAUUUUGUUGUAUGUAUAUGUAUAAUAACACUUUCAUACAUAUCUAAUGUAUUGUAAUUACAAAUGUAUGUUAGAUCGUUAUAACAUUUCAUAAUUGUUGUUCGAUGAAAAAAUAUUUGAUGAAAAUAAGGCAGAAAACAUUCCGAUGAAAUCGCAGGAAAGCGCGAAAUGCAUUUAAAUUGAUAUAAUAAUGUUUUUUGGAUAACUAUGUAAAACAAAAUGUAAUACAAAAUGUAAUACAAAAUUGAUUUAGAUUGGCAUAAGUAAUUGUUUUAGCAGACUGGAAAAAAUAAUCGAAAAUUUUAUAUUAAAUGUGAUCACGAAUUUCAGAAGUACAUGUAUAUACAUAUAUAUAAAAUGUACAUCAAAUAAUUAGUUUUCGCGAAAACCUGAAAUGUGCUCAUCAAUUUUACGUUUCUUAAUGUUUAACUUUUUUUUCUAUUUUUCUGCCGAUAAAUAUAAAAAUUGCUACUUUUAAUAAAAAAUAAAAAAAAAUAAG